UAUUGCUAGAAAAUAUAAACUGACACCUGAAGCCUCAAAUCACUGUCAGUAUUUUCUUUUUGUCAAAAAUUACGUAAAACAACAAUUUUGGUGUCUGCACCUUCACCAUACAAUGUUGAAGUUUAUCGCCAAAAACGGGCUAGCCGGAAGUGCAGUAUACUACACACGCAAGGAAGGAAUUUGGAACGAAAAUACCGAUCAAGUGUAUGAACGAUAUUCGUCUGCACUGCAGCCGCACAUUGCGUCGGUAAAGCAGCAGAUUCCCAUUGAUGUUCCUGCCCUCCCAAAGUCCGGUGAGUUGUGUUUUUUAACGACACACUACUACAAUGCGGGAGUGAAAAAUACGAUUAACUUCAUUCAUCGCCUUCCUUGCUACAUGGGCCAGUGGACCAAAAAGGCCUCCGAUGCCAUUAAGAAGGCAGUAGAUCCUCCGGCUGAGGCACCAUCCGCUGUACCAGCUCCGGUUACGGGUUCGAAAAAGUGAGCUUUUUCUAGUAAUGCGUAUGAAAAUGUGUACAUGUUGGGAAGAAAUAAAGUAAAUGUGUGAUCCGUUGAA